AAAAUAUGAAAAACGUGCAGUCAGCAGAGUCAGCUUCAUGAAUACAGCCGAACCUCUGGAUAUCUGGACUUCAACCAGCAAAAAGCCAAUAAACAUCCAUUUAACUAACUAGCUUUGCACUUCAUGUUUCUUGGACUAGUGUACAAAGUGUCUGCUCUAACUGUUGGUGCCUCAAUGACAAUGAUACAGCCAAUGUUCAUGUCAGUCAAUGUGUGGACGUGCACACCGAUUUACACGGUUGCAGGAAUCCCGAAUACGUCUUAUUAAUAACAAACACUGUAAGUGUCGGGCAUUGUUCAUCGUACGAAGAUGUGUCCUUAAGCCAUAUCUGUGGGUUGAUAUCAAACAUUCAUUUGGGUGUUCAGAGCAGUGCACACAACGACAACAGAAAUUAUAUAUCAAUUUCACGAGUCUCAGAUUCCUGCAAGCCUGGACAAAAUGCCGAGUAAUCCACUAACAAAUUUAUUGGAACAGUACAACUCUGAUACUGAUGAGGAGGACGGUCAUCAGCCGAAUAAAGUAUCGAAAACCAAAUGUCUGGAUAAAAAAGUGGAUGAUUUUCUGAAAGAAAUCCAACACAUCACACCGACUAGUAAUGAAUCUGUGGCUCGCAAAGAUCAGGAGGGCCAGAAGAGUGGAGGGUAUUGGCAGGAGUGUUUUGACGAGUCCACGGGUUACCCCUAUUACUGGAACACGCAAACUAAUCAAGUGACGUGGGAAAUCCCGAAGGAUCUGGAGGCGAUAAAACAAGGAAACAAUCAAGAAGUACCCCAAACAUCAGGCAGAUUUCAGGCCUACGAAGCACCGAGGCAGAACCCGCCAGUAAACAGAUAUAAAUUAUUGCAGGAUAAAAUACCAGAGGGAAUGAUACCAAAGGAAGUGGUGGAGAGAAGUAAGAAUAGAUUUAGGGAGAAGAAAAAAAUUAUUGUCAGUAAUAAAGUACAAAAUAAGAGCCGGAGUAGUUUUAAGGAAAGUAGAGAGAGUGAUUCUGAUGACGGGAGGAUAGAAAUGAUCACGUCGUUUGGUAGUGAUGGCAGUGAGACUGAUGAGGAAGAUGACACUGCUUCUAAAUCCAAUAAUUCACCUGUAAAUAUUAGUUCCGAAUUGAGUAAUGCCGCUAGUAAAAAACAAGAAGUUAGGAUUGGGCCUAGUCUCCCCCAAUUUCAUAUCAAAGAACAGGAGAAUUCAAGGGAAAAUGGAGGAGAGAGGAAUGAUAAUUCAAUGGACAACAGUCAUAGAUGCCAGUCAAAUGUGAAUUUGGAGGAGCAGAGGAUAAAAUUUUCGUUGGUCCCAGGUUAUGCUGAUGAUUCUGACAAUGAUGAUGAGUCUAUGAUGGAGAAAAGCCGCAAAACUUUAUUCCCCAUCAAUGAUUUUGAUGAUAAAAAUUCAGAUAUUGUUAAGAAGUUGGUAGACCAUAGAUCACCUGACUCGAGUGAUUCAAAUUGUCCCAGUAAUGAUAAGAAGUCUGGGAAGAGUGAGGAGACUGUGAAGACCAAUAUGUUUCUGGAGACCUCUGAGACACCUACAAAAGCAUUCCAGAGAAAACGACGAAUUGGAUUUGACGUGAGACCGAAAAAUGAAGUGAAAGCUGUUCAGAUUGAGCCGAAUAAUGAUGGUGAUGAGCAAUCCGAGUUGAUCAGGGGGAAUGACGAGAGACUUGGUUUUGGGUUCUCCAAGAGUCCGUCGGCUGUUGAUGCCACUGACGACAAUAUCAACACUAGUGAUUCAAAUAAGAAGUCUAUGGAAACAGAGAAGAAUGAGAGUAUUUCCUUUGUCCGGGGGGAAACGUUGAAUUUACCACCAGUUGUCAAUGAAAAAACCGAGACAGAGAAGAUUGAGACAAAACAAGAGAUUGAAAAUAUUCUGGAGAAACUGAAAUUCCUGUCGGAGGGAUUUCAAAGUGCGUCGGCGGUGCAGAUUAUGACUAUUCAGCUUCAGACACUUUUGACUGCGUGGGAAGCUGGUGACCUGAAGGACCGUUACCUCGACAACUGGCUGAGUGGAACGAGCCGUGAGCUAUGUCGUUUAGAAAAAGCAGCAGCCCCUUCAGGAUGGAACUGUCAGUGGGAUAGGUCUCAUAAACGGUACUAUUAUCAAAACGAAAGCACCGGUGAAACGAGAUGGAAUUAUCCGGAUGUUAUUGGAGGAGCCGAAGAGAUGGAACUGUGCACUACACCUCCACCAACCGAUAAUGAUGUUGAAGAGAUGGAGGAGGAUAAAAAUGGAAUGAAUAAUGGGAUUGAUGCGUCGAGAGUGGAGGGAGCCAAGGGAGAUGCCAAUUCGCCGACGAAUGAGGCGAAACCACCAGAAAUCAAUGAUGCGCCCAAGGAAAUGAUUCCUCCACCGCCACCACAAAUUUCUAGUCCAAGUCCACCACCACCGCCGCGGAUCAAUGCGGAGGAUCUGAAGAGGGGAAAGAACUCGCAAAAAAAUGGUGAAGAUGAAAAACAAAUUGCUGAUGAUAAGUCUUCCUUGUCCGAAACAUCUGAGGUUUCGUUGGUAGUUCCACCGUUAGUGGGAUCAGAACCCCUCCCACCUGGAGUUGACUCACCGGAGAUAUCCUUCUCGAUAGGAGGACCUCAUCCAUCGAUCGAGCCCACUGUUAUUUUUGCUGCUACUCCACAGUCGACGAAUCCUCCGUCCAUGUACGCAGCAGCAACAAUACAGGAUCCAACAAGUGUUUCUAUCAUUGGACAUCAUCAUCCGGCAUUACUACAGAGCCAACUGGUUCAUUAUCCAGCGUAUCAUCAACACUUGCAUAAUCAAGCCAUUCUUGCGGCGGCCAACAGACUCACCGGCCAGGACACUGUCCAGUUCGUCCUAGAUUUUCCCAGAAUCUACACAAAUACUCAAGUAAUAGCAAAACCACCGAUUACGACGAAUAAGGAGUCGCUUGGGUCGGCACUGAAUUCAUUCUACAGUGACCUUGCUUCAUUAGAGAGACCUGUGGAUGAGCAUCAGGCAAUUCCAUCUCCACAGUUAAUUCCUGUUGAACCACAGCCUGUACCAACGACGACCCCACAACUGACGGAAAAAUUAUCAGUGGUGGCUGAUACUUACAAAGAGAAAAGAAAGAAGAAGGUGAAAAAUGUUGUCAGCAAAAAACAAAAGCAAGUGUCUUCAAUGGUUGCAAAGUGGCAAAAGGCUCAAAACUACGAGGAAUCCAAUUGAUACAAAGAAAUACCAGUUCUGCUAAACUUCUACUCAUACGUCAAAUACAAUAUUAUUUUGUAACUCCCUAUACUUGAUUUGUUUGUUGACAUUAACAACUAUGUAAAAAUGAGAAUAGAGAUAUAAAUAAGAAGAUUUUCUCAUGUAGAAACAGGAAGAAACAUAAAGGAAAAAGAAUAAUAAUAUUUUUCAUUGGAAA